UUUGUGAGGCGUGUUUCCGCCCAGUGUGUGGAGCUGACGGACGCCAGGUAUCUCGUCGAAAAUAUUCACCUCGCCGACUGCGAUAUAUAGAAGGAAAAACAAUGGGAGGUUGCCUUACGGUCGGACCAAACGAAGCCCUGGUCGUCUCCGGUGGAUGCUGUGGCUCUGAUCACAAGACCUACGUGGUCGGAGGGUGGGCCUGGGCCUGGUGGCUCAUCUCUGACACUCAAAGGAUAACCCUAGAAAUCAUGACUUUACAGCCCAGAUGUGAGGAUGUGGAGACUGCAGAAGGCGUAGCCAUCACGGUCACGGGAGUAGCACAGGUGAAAGUCAUCACUGACCACGACCUGCUGGCGGUGGCUUGUGAGCAGUUCCUGGGCAAAACGGUGGUGGAGAUCAAGGCAGUUGUCCUGCAGACCUUAGAGGGACAUCUGCGCUCUAUUCUUGGUACUCUUACUGUGGAGCAGAUCUACCAGGACAGGGACCAGUUUGCCAAGCUGGUGCGGGAAGUUGCAGCCCCCGACGUGGGCAGGAUGGGAAUAGAGAUUCUCAGCUUCACCAUUAAGGAUGUAUAUGAUAAACUGGAUUAUUUGAGUUCCCUGGGGAAGACUCAGACCGCAGCAGUUCAGAGGGACGCGGACAUUGGUGUGGCUGAAGCAGAGAGGGAUGCUGGGAUACGGGAGGCAGAGUGCAAAAAGGAGAUGAUGGAUAUCAAGUUCCUGGCGGAUACUAAGAUGGCUGACUCAAAACGAGAACUGGAACUGCAGAAAGCUGCUUUCAACCAGGAAGUCAACACCAAGAAAGCAGAGGCCCAGCUUGCCUAUGAGCUGCAGGCAGCCAAGGAGCAGCAGAAGAUUCGUCUGGAGGAGAUCGAGAUUGAAGUGGUGCAGCGGAAGAAGCAGAUCACCAUUGAGGAUAAGGAGAUCAACCGCACUGAAAAGGAGCUCGUCGCCACGGUCAAGAGGCCCGCUGAGGCAGAGGCCUACAAAAUGCAGCAGCUGGCUGAGGGACAGAAAAUGAAGAAGGUGUUGACAGCCCAGGCUGAGGCAGAGAAGAUCAGGAAGAUUGGUGAGGCACAGGCAGCCUCUAUCGAGGCUAUUGGCAAGGCAGAGGCUGAGAAGAUGAGGCUGAAGGCUGAGGCCUAUCAGCAGUAUGGUGAAGCAGCCCAGACUGCCCUGGUCCUCGAAUCCCUACCCAAGAUUGCUGCCAAGGUGGCCGCUCCAUUGGCCAGGACCAAUGAGAUUGUCAUCCUGAGUGGUGAGGGCAGUCGUGUGACGGGGGAGGUGAACCGCCUUUUGGCUGAGCUGCCCGUCUCUGUCAACGCUCUUACUGGAGUUGACCUAACCAAGAUCCCCUUACUGCAGAAGAUGGCGAGCACUCAGGCUUGAAAUCAGCUGACACCACAUCACUAUGUUGUAUGCACUCUCAUAGACUGCCUUUAAUACACUUGAAGAGUUUUGUUUUUUUAUACGUAUAUGAAUAUAUAUAAUAUAUCCAAAUGGAUUUUUGGAAACCUCUGGUGCCUUAAUUCCUACAGGACCAGAACAUCUGCAUGUACUGCUGCUCCGGAAAGGACAUCCAUUUUUUCAUUUCAUUUUUAAAUGGAAAGUUCUUAGUUGUUUUUUGUCCCUCCAAUUUUUAAUAGCAACCCGCGGCCCCAGUCCUAUGAAAUAUCACCUGAUAGGAGAUCUGAUGUGAUUUAAGUCUUGCAUUAUAGUUUGUUCAUUUGUUAAACUGUUCAUACUGUUUGAACUGACCACUAAUCUCAUCUCCUAUUGGCUGGUGUUUAUACAUGGGGGGGCCUGACUGUAUUAAACAAAAAAGUACCAAACUUCCCCUUUCAGCCUUGGCAUGUGUCAGACCUACAUAUUGUUUCAUAUGCCUCUUCCUCCUUUGUCAUAAGCCCACGAGCAACCUAUUUUCCUCAUUUUAGCACUAAUGCCAAACUAUAUUGAUCUCCAGAAUCUGUUAUUGACAGUGUUUCACUAUUUCCCCACAUGUGAUUUGAAGAUUUAUUUAUUUUAUUUUUUUGCAUUGUACAUGCUAUAUUUUUUUUAAGUCUAAAAUGUUGAAAUCGUUCAGGGUUUUCUCUCUUUUUUUCCCCCGUUUCUAUUCGUUUCUCAGUGAUAGAUUUUUACACUGUAACUUGGUGCUCACAUCUCUCACACAAGCCCCUUUCACUGUACAAAAUCCACCUUAAAUCCUGUCCAUUUAUGUAGUGAUUCUACAUCGUUUCUUCUACGGGAGUGACCAUUUGAUAGAUUGGAGUGUGAUUUUUAUUCGUAUCACACGCAAAGGAAGGGAGUUAAAGUCUUGUGCUGAUAUAGUUAGCUUAUUGUAUAGUAAUAUAAUAGUCAAGGUGUUGCUAUGACAUGUUAGUAAGAUUGAUAAAUGAGAAGAAGGAAUAAGAGUUGGUGUAGUAUUGGCGUGAUUUUCUUUGAGGGGAAAAUGUCAAAUAACCUUUUUUUUGUAAGGGUGUACGCUAUCUAAGUAGUUAGGGAAAAGCUUCAUGUGAAUUGCUUCAUUUAAAAAAAGAAAAGAAAAGCCAAACAAUUUAAGAUUUCUCUUUUUCUUCUGAGAAAUGGUUGCAGAAAGAGGGACUUUGGCUUCAAUAACAAGUGAAUAUAUUUGAUUUCAUUCUACCGAUAGACCCACACUAGAUCCAUGUUUGACAGCACCUCAGGGUCUGUUGACAAACUUUUUCUACUAGUGUCAGAGAAGCAUACUUAUUGUUCAGAUAGCAUUGGUAAAUAUCUUAAUUUGCUUAAUUUUAUAUUAGUGAAAUGGGUUACAGAUGUGCACUGUUGUACUUUAGUAAAUAGGCUCUAUACCUGUGAACUUACAUUUGCUUGAAACAAAUGUAUUUGCUUUAAUUCUCACUCCGAGACAUUUGGUGACAUUCCAGCUUCAUAUUUCAUCAUUUUUGUGGUAUUUUGUAAAUUAUCACGCUUGAUUCUUUGCUAUGUUAAGUGUAAAACAAGAACAGGAAAAAAAUUCAGAAGGGACAAGUCACUGUAGACGUUUGCCAAUACAUGUUCCUAUGUAGCAGCAUAGCUCCAAUGUCCGAGGGAAAACUGGACUGUGUGAAAGUAAGGAGCGGUUAAACUGGUGGGGUUCGUCAACAGGUGCUCAUCCUAUCACUUAGGUUUAUCAUUGGAAUUCAUUUUAUUGGUAUUUAGGCAAAACAACCCCUCCAGAAGUUCAAAUACCAUCAAAUAUAAAAUCCUGACAUCCCAUAAACACUCCCACCGUUCUUCACACCCGCUCCUCAGCACUGGUCCGACCAAUACUCGCUAACAGUAUCUGGACACUACUAUCCAACCGCACACUCAAAUCUCAAACAGGCGAACCAAUCCGGUGGGGGUUGGGGGGGGUGGAGGCCUUGCAAGAAGGAGCCAACAUACAAAUACUUUAUUUUUUUUUGCUUUUUGCUGCUGUCAUUGCUGCCAUAUUUACUUUUAUUCGCAUUGAUUUCUUUGUUGUUUUUUUGCGAGUGAAGCUGUUUUUGAACACCAACUUAGGAUAUUUGUAAUGUAGAUUUAGCUUCUACAAAAAUGAAAUAUGUUUGUGAAAACUAGAGUUUUUCAUGUCCUCACUGUGACUUACACCAUUUGUAUCCUUGCAUAUGACGUCUCAAAUUGCCACGGGAGCCCAGUAUGUUGUUGGCGCAUGCCAUCCAUGUGUAAUUAAUGUCAUGCCGUCACGGUUCACUCUUUUAUCUGUUGUUCUAAUAAA